AUGGAAGAUGUCAAGCCACUGGUACCCGUUAAGACUGAUGAAAAUGACAACAAAGUUGUGAUAUUCUUCGGUAGCAUUCCUGUCCCCAUCGAACUUACGAUAGUUACGAAAGAUGCCAUGCCAUCGACGUUUGGUACGGAUGAAGAUGAUGGAACAUUGGUGACGCAAACACCAACUGGUGAAAGAGCUGAUGACCCAAUGUAUGAUGUGCCAUUGAGCUUGAUUUCUAAUGGACAUGCCUUUCCAUUCAAUGAAGAUACAAAGGGGGAAACGUCUGGUGGUGAAGAAAAUGGUAAUCCUCUCUUGGUGAAACCAAAUGAUAACAAGGGAAAAGGCAUAGCAACUUCUUCUGAUUCUAAAGGGAAAGGUAACACAAAAACAGCUGCUGGUCCUGUGGUGAAUACACCACGAAAUGAACUUUCUGCUGUUGUCUCUGCUGCUGUUGCUUCUGCCGCUAAUGUUACCAUAAACAUAGAUACUCCAUUAUGGUUUACAUUACUCGCUUUAACGGAUCAGGAAACCGAUGCACCAUUGCCGCAAAUCAGCAAUCGUUACUUUAGGGUUAGGAACGGUAACUUACCUGUUUCAUGUCUCCAGAACUACAUUGCAAUGAAACUCAGUCUCGAAAGCGAGGAUGAGGUGGAGUUAUACUUAAUAAAGGACUUGGUUUUGCAAUCAUCCAUGUUGUUAUAUCAAUUAUUAGGAUACUAUAUUGCGACUGUAUCUCCAAGGAUGGGAUCUUCAGGCGCUAACUAUAUGGUGGUCCUCUCCUACGGAGGCAAACCUCCGCUCAAGAAUCCGGUGACUCAGUCUCCUGGCAACACCUGA